AUGUCUGAGAAUGAAGAUGUUGAUAUGGAUUCGGGGAGUGAAUCCGAACUUUCGGCGAGUGAUACUUCUUACAGAAAAGAGGGAUAUGAUGAUUAUUACAACAGAAACAGACGCCAGAAGUAUUCAAGUGAGCUAGAGACGUCCAUGGACAAUCCAGACCUUCAUAUCUCUGAAGGAGGCUCGAGUGAAUCUGAAAGUCUUGAAGAACCCGAUCAGUUCAGUGAAGAUGUCGAUCCCGACUUGGGCUUAUAUGGUCGUAGGGCUAGGAGGGGACGUCAGUCCAUUGGCAGGCCAUAUAAUUUCGGUGCACGAGGUGGAAAAGGAAUCAAAAGAGGUCCCAGGAAGCCAUUAGAACCAAGCUUGGAGUUCAAGAAUUUACAUUCUGAGGCAACCUCUGCAUUCAUUGAUGCCGACUAUGAGAGAGCCACGGUUCUCGUGAAGCAGGCCAUUCAGAUCAAUCCCGAAAUGUUUGCUGCUCAUUCUCUUCUAUCAGAAAUAUUUCUUGCUCAAGGGCAAAUGGACAAAGCUCUUGCUGCGCUAUUCAGUGGCGCGCACACACGACCGAAAGAUCCGUCCGUCUGGAUGAAAGUUGCGAAAUUGAUCUUAGAAAGAACCGGAGAAGAUCGGACCUCAGCAUUGCAAGAUGUAAUCUACUGUUAUAGCCGCGUGAUUGAGAUCGAUCAAAAAAAUUACGACAUACGAUUUGAAAGAGCCUCAGUGUACCGUGAAUUGGGCCAUAAUGGGAAAGCCGCUCAGGAGUACGAAAGGUUAUUAAAGGAUCUACCGCACAAUACAACAGCGCUCCGCCUUCUCGCAGAGACCUAUAUUGAUCUGAACGAAGUUGAUAAAGCAAAAAGUCGAUACGACGAAAGCAUCGCAUAUUAUAUGUCCCUAACUUUGGAGGAAGCCACCGACUUUACAUGGUCUGAUGUGAACAUUUAUGUUGAAUUUUUUAGCUAUCUGGACGACCAUGAACAGGGAAUAUUUAUGUUGAAAUCUCUUUCUAGAUGGUUGCUAGGGCGGAAAGAUAAUGUGGAAUGGGAUGAUAUUGUUGAAGACGACCGAGAGUUUGAUGCUGAACAUUUCCCUCGUCGAUCAGAGGUCGCUUUUUUUGUCCCAAAUAAAUAUCCGAUCGAGUCUUACGGGAGUGGCCUUCCCUUGGAGCUUCGCGUGAAACUUGGAAUAUAUCGGUUGAAAUUGGGCCUCCAGUAUCGAGAAGAGGCGUUGUCUCAUUUUUCGUGGCUAAACCCGGAUGACUCCUCGGAAGGCGCGUUACUCUAUGAUUUCGGAGAUCUGUUCAGGGAGGCAGGCGAUGCACUCAAAGAUGCCCAAUUAUACCAAGACGCAAUAUUGUUUUACCUUCCACUCCAGAGGACUCGCGAAUACGCAGAUACAAGUCUUUUUAUGUCCAUGGCUGAAUGUUAUGUCGCUUGCGAAAAUGAUGAAGCAGCUGAGAACUGUUAUUUAACGGUGGUCGAAUAUGAUCGGAACAAUAUUGAGGCUCGGGCGAAAUUGGCCAAAUUUUACGAAAAAUUAGGUAUGAUUGAACAAGCAUUAAAAUAUGUCAACGAAGCUAUUGAAUUAGGAAGACAGGAGUCAAUGCCAAGGCGAAAGCGGAAAUUUGGCUCUAGGGCUCUACAGCUUGCGAGAGAGUUCCGCUCAACGGAGUCUGGGGAUAAUGCACUGGCAAUUUAUGAGGGUCCUAUUGGGGCAGAAAUCGAAGACUGGAGAACUACCACUCCUCCAGCCAGUGUGCCCGGUGGCCUCGUGACUUCCGCUGCUCCCAUUUCUAAGAAGCGGCGGCAGGCAAAAGAAGAAUAUGUCGGCGCUGACCAUAUCAGGUAUUUGUACUCCAAAUUGCUAGAUCUUGAACAAGCAAUGAGAGAAGGUCAAGAGGAUGUAACGGAAGAUUGGUUGGAUAUCGCGGAUGCUUUGUUACGAGAUUUUCGAUCAAACCGUGUCUUUUUCCCCAUGCAAAGAAACAUGAUGUUCUCGGGAUAUUCCAGAGAAGCCCAACGGAAAGCUGGACGCCUGAAAUCGACAACAAUCAUGGACGAAAUGGAGGAAAUGGCUGGACGGCUUCAGGCAACUUUAGGCAAGCGAACCCCCGAAAUUGAUCCUGCGACGAUCCCAAAUGAUUACCACUCUAUAUCAUUCGAACAGUGGCUGGAUAUAUUUCUGGAAUAUGCACUUGUCCUUUCUGGGCAAGGCCAAUCUGAAGAAGCAUACGACACCCUUUCUGCUGCAGCCGAUGCUAGCAUUUGGUAUCAUUCCAAACCCAGCAAAGUCCAAAUUUAUACUUGCUGGUUCACUUGCGCGCUCCGGCUGAAGGACGAAGAAACACUCUCCAACAUCUCCCGCUGGUUCAUGAAAGAGUACCAAUUCGUAACCGACACAUACCGGCUCUUCGCAACACUAAGCCGACUCUGUGGCGACCCACGAAAAUCGCUGUUCCAUUCGUCCCCCAGCAUGAAAUUCAUGCUGCGUCAAAUAAAGGCGAUUGAUUAUACCCUCCCAGAUGACCCGCUGCGACCUACCCAAACCCGCCGCACUCGAGCUUCCGUUUUCCAAGAACGUGCUACCCUUACCACCAAGGAUGCAUCUGGCCAACCCAUCCCAGCAGAAGACAUGGACAUCCCGCUCUUAGUGCUAUACGGACAUAUACUCUACGCCGGUACAAGCUUCACAAACGCCCUCAACUACUUUUUCCGCGCGUAUGCCCUCGCACCGGAGAACCCCGUCGUUCUCCUCUCUAUCGGUCUCAGUUACAUCCAUCACUCCCUCAAGCGACAGUCUGACAACCGACACUACCUCAUCAUGCAAGGAUUGUCGUUUAUGCAGGAAUACCGACGUGUGAGAGAAAAGAGCCCUAUUCCACAGGAGCGACAAGAGGUAGAAUUCAACUUCGCGCGGGUCUGGCAGAUGUUGGGCUUGACACACUUAGCUGUACUGGGUUAUCAUCGAUGUCUUGCUCUCAGUGAGGAAGUAGAAGCUGAGCGCGAGAGAUUUAAGAAAGGUAAAAAUAUACCUGUGACUGCUGGUGGUGGGGCUUCAAGUAAGGAUGUCUGGGUGGAAGAUUUCACUCGUGAAGCUGCCUUUGCUUUGCAAUGCCUUUAUUCUUUCUCUGAGGAAACGAAACUAGCGAAGGAGGUCACUGACAGGUGGCUUGUCAUUUGACCACAGGAUCUCACUGUAUUAUAUACGAUCCAAAUAUCUUAUAUCAGAAUCUAUAAUGUAACGAUGGAAUUAGAGUUCUUACUAUCACUCUUUAACUCAUUAGCAAUACAACCUAAGGAAGAAA